UGUUUGAUCCUGGCUUCUCUGAUACUUCCCUUCUUUCAGUGCCCCCCUCUUAUCUCCUAAUAAGACAUAUCAUGUGGAGACACUCUGCACAUGCACCAUAUGGUUGUUUUUUUUUCUUGAGAGAGAACAUGGGAUCAGCACAGGGCCAAUCAGCACUGUCCAGACAGAGGUCAGGGGUUCUGCAUCCUCCUAGAGCAGAAUAAAACUCCUACAAGCUUUAACCAGUGCUCUGCUGGACACCGGUAGAGGUCACAAGACUGCUCUAACUGCUGAUGCGAAAAUGUAUUUAGCAGUUUAUAUUUACUAA